AUGCCUAAGUACGUGAAAUUCAUGAAAGAUACCUUAUCCAAUAAGAGAAGGUUAGGAGAAUUUGAAUCUGUUGCACUUACUGAAGGGUGCACAGCAAUGCUAAAGAAUAAACUGCCACCAAUAUUAGAAGAUCCUGGGAGUUUCACUAUACCCUGUUCGAUUGGAAACCAUUAUAUAGGUAACAUAUUAUGCGAUUUAGGUGCAAGUAUCAAUCUAAUGCCUAUUUCUAUUUUCAAGAAACUUCGGAUAGGAAAGGCAAGACCUAUUAUAGCCACACUACAACUAGCUGAUAAAUCAUAUGUCCAUACAGAAGGUAAAAUUGAAGAUGUACUGGAAGGUGAGUUAACCAUGAGAAUUAAUGAUCAGCAAUUGACUUUUAAUGUGUUUGAUGCUUUAAAGUGUGCAGACCCAAAUGAAGAAUGUCAUGCUGUAGAAUUUGUUGACAUUGAAUUUGAUUUGGAAAUCAAAGAUAGGAAAGGAAGUGAAAAUCAAGUGGCUGAUCACUUGUCACGACUGGAAGUAGAGAAUGAGUAUGGUGAGAGUCAAAUGAUUAAAGACGAAUUCCCUAAUGAGAAAAUAUUGUUGGCUAUGGCAUUGCCAUGGUAUGCUGAUAUUGUUAACUUUCUAGUCAAUGGGUUGUUGAUACCUGUGAUGAAUUAUCAGGGACAAAGGAAAUUCCUUCAUGAUGUCAAGCAAUAUUACUAG